AUGGAAACGUCCCAGGCAGAGGACGACCGGCGGCGCCAGAGCCGACCGCUGGCACUCCUCGCAGACAUCGCACGCCUCAAGCUCGCAAGGUUCAAGAGAGAGGCGGUCGCAGAAGCGUCGGCGACCAUGACGUCCUUGGGCAGUGUCAAGAAGAACGUCCAGGUCGCGGCGGCCGCCAAGGCGCGCGCCGCCAAGCGCGCGCAAAAGCAAAAGCACCUCGAAGACCCCAACUGGAACGUCAUUCGCACCAAAGCGUCCAACGAGCUCCUCCACGACGAACUCACAAAGCUCAUGAAGGACAUCAACGUACUCCUGCGCAAGGAGCGCAAGAACGUACCUGCAUGGAUUCGGAAGUACAAGGACGACGACCCGCGCUGUGUCUUUUACCACUCGAUGCUCCGGCGUGUUGGGCUUCCGGAACGCCACGCGCGGUUUGCGCCGUGGUUUCUCAAAUCGGAGAAGCUCCAGCUCAACAAGUACGGGCAGCGGCUCUUUGCGCAGUUUGAGGCGGCGUACCUCACGCGCGAAGCAGCGCUGAGCGAGACCGAGGCUGCGGUGCGCAAGCACUUGGAGUUUCUCGGGCGCCUGAUGACCCUCAAAGCUCCACCGCGCGACAAGAACCAAGCGAUCGUGCAGCGGGCUUUUCGCGACUGCUCGUUUCCAUCGCCCCGCAUGACCUUGCUAGCGAGCAAGCACGACCCCGAGUCGGCGUUGCACCCGCUCGAGGCCAACAGUCCGGGCACGGCCGAGGACGACCCCGAGGCCGUCGCGCACCCGGAUCGACUCGACAGCGAGGACCCGCGCGUCGUGCAGCUGCAGAUUGCGUCCGUGCCGAAAGCCCCGGCGCCACCAGGCCUCGCGCCCCAAGUCCCCGGGAAGCUCGAGAGCCACGGAAAACACACCUACUACCACUACAACGGGCGCUGGAAGGACGGACACAUGCGCGGCGCCGUUGGCGUCUACACGUUUGCCGACGGCGGCAAGUACGUGGGUGCGUGGAAGGACAGUAUGCCGUGCGGCCCGGGCACCGCCGAGUACCCGAAUGGGUCCAAAUACCAAGGCAACUGGCGCGACGGCAAGUACCACGGUCUUGGGACGUGGGAAGCCGCCGACGGCACGACAUACGAAGGCAGUUGGAAGGACGGUCUCCGCGACGGCAAGGGCAAACUCGUUUUGCCCUCUGGCGCGACCUACGACGGCCAGUUUUUUCAAAAUUACCGGCACGGCGCCGGCGUCGAAGUGAGCCCACUUGGCCACAAGUACAAGGGCAACUUUCGCCGCAACCGGAUUUACGGCGAAGGUCGCAUUGAGAUCGACCUCGGGAACGGCCAAGUGCACGUGUAUGCCAAAGAGAACUGGGCGCCGUGUGUUCUCGGUGAGGCGGCGGCCGAAGCGCGACUGCACUGGUCGGGCGUCGACAUGGACACGGAGAUGUCGAUGCGGUCGCUCCUACGGGUGCGCGACGACCUCCGUGCGCUCGACUUGCAGCUCGAGUACCGCAAGAAAGAGGCGGCUCGCAUCAUCGCCGAGAAGAAGGCGGCAAAGGAAGCUCGUCGGGACAUUAACCGUGCGCGCCGCGAGGCCGAGAAACUAGCUAAAGAAGCGCUCGUCAACGAGUUGAUCAAGGAAAUGUCCGACGACGACGAAGACGACGGCUACGGCUUUAAAAAGCUCAAGCCCAAAGCCAAACCCACCGGUGGUGAGGGCGAGGCCAACGAGGAGAGCGAUGAAAGCGCCGACGAAGAAGAAGACGGUGACAAAGCUGGCAAUGCGACCAAUCAAAACGACGACGACGACGACGAUGAUGACGCACCCGCCACAUAA